GCCUUUGAGGCAUUUUCAACCAAUGGAAGCGCGGCAUUCUUCAUUUUUAAACUGUAUGAAAUUUCUGUUUGGAGCCAGGGAUUUCAACCGCGCUGCCUGAGUGUUGUGAUCCGUCUUCUGCGUAUCGCCGGAAUUUCGAAUCGCGAUGGUCGUCCCCUCCCUAGAGGAGCUGGACUCCCUCAAGUACAGCGACCUGCAGAAAUUAGCCAAGAGUCUGCGUCUCCGGGCCAACCUGAGGGCAGACCAGUUGUUAAAAGCUGUGAAAGGCCACAUUAAUUGUGAGGCAAGAAAAGGAAAUGAGAAUCUGGAUGAAAGUCAAAUUUCUGCAUCCUCUUAUCAUGAGACUGAGAUACAGAUCAGCAGCCAGGAACAAGCCGAGAGAGAGCCAACCGGCCAUGUCACCAAAACAAGGAGAAGGCACAAGACUGUCCGUGUGGACCCUGACUCCCAGCAGGAUCAUUCAGAGAUAAAAAUAAGUGAUCCGACUGAAUUCCAGAAUCAUGAAAAGCAGGAAAGCCAGGAUUUCAGUGCUAUUGCAAGAGUUUAUUCUGCAGUUGAGCACCAAGGAGCUAAGAAUGCUGUUUCUUCAGGAAAACGUGGAAUAAAUGGUAACAAAGAUUCAAAGAUACCUUCAGAAAGAAAGAAAUCUCUCUACACAGAUGGGUUAUCCAAACCUGGAAAAAAUAAAAGAACUGCAAUGACUACUCCAAACUUUAAGAAGCUUCAUGAAGCUCAUUUUAAGGAAAUGGAGUCCAUUGAGCAAUAUAUUAAGGGGAAAAAGAAACAUUUUGAAGAAUACAAUUUCAUCAGUGAACUGAAGCAGCAGCCCAUCAAUAAGGGAGGAGUCAUGACUCCAGUACCUCCAAAAGGAAGACUCUCUGUGGCUUCUACUCCCAUCAGCCAACAACGCUCUCAAGGCCAGUCCUACGGCCCUGCAUGUCAGAGUACCUUGGGUCUGAAGGGGUCACUCAAGCGCUCUGCUAUCUCUGCAGCUAAAACAGGUGUCAGGUUUUCAGCUGCUACUAAAGAUAAUGAGCAUAAGCGUUCACUGACCAAGACUCCAGCCAGAAGGUCUGCACGUGUGACCAUGUCUGGGAAUACCCCAAAAGUUAUUACUCCAUUCAAGUUGACAACUGAGGCAAUGCAGACUCCAGUCUCGAAUAAGAAACCAGUGUUUGAUCUUAAAGCAAGUUUGUCUCGUCCCCUCAACUAUGAACCACACAAAGGAAAGCUAAAACCAUGGGGGCACUCGAAAGAAAAUAAUUAUCUGAAUGGGCAUGUCAACAGAAUUGAUUUCCACAAGAAAACUUACAAACAACCCCGUCUCCAGACAAAGGAAGAGCAACGGAAGAAACAUGAGCAAGAACGAAAGGAGAAGAAAGCAAAGCUUUUGGGAGUGCGAAGGGGCCUCAGUUUGGCUGAAGAUUAGUAAUUUUUUAACAUCUUGUAAAUAUUUCUGUAUUCUCAAUUAUUUUUCCUUUUGUAAAUUUUUUUUUUUUUUGCAUUCUUCCCCACUUUAGUCACGAGAUCUUUUUCUGCUAACUGUUCAUAUUCUAUGUCGCGUCCAUGGGUUCUUCAUGUGCUACAAUCUCUGAAAAGACAUUAUCACACUAAAGCUCAAAUUCUUUGGGAUAGUUUUUGCUUAAGUCCCUAUACAGUUCAGUUUUCUAAUGAGACCCUUCCUAAGAUUCUGGUCCUAGAUUUUUAAAGUCAAGUUCCCCCUGCUGGUUCUAGUAUGAACAGAAGUGCAGUCUUCUGCUAGGCAAUAGCAUUUACCUGUUGGCAGCUAAUUAUACAAGUUUCAGUAGAAAUUGAACAAUAACAAGAGUAGGGUAAGCUAGGGUAGAAAGGCCACGUCUUCACUCUCUAGUCUAUAGAAUAUAGUACACUUUAUGAAAUGGGGCCAUAUGGUUUGGUUAUUACAUCAAUAUUUUAUCUAGAUGAAAUUGUUUAGGCUCAUAUCCACCUUUGUUGAAAUAGCCUCCUGUAAUUACCAUCUGUCACUCACUAUAUUUGCAAAAGUAAAACUCUCUGUAACUCAUUCUAAUGUUGCUGACUUAAAAUAAAAGCUACAUAGCCCUAUCAAAAUGUGAGGAUUAAUGUUCCACCAAACCUACUUCUUAUUUAUUUUAUGGAAAAGACUAGACUUUGCUUAGUAUCAUGUCCAUAUUUCUUUCACCUCAGUGGAGCAUCUGAGUUGUAUACUGCUGAAGAUUGUUGUCAAUAACAUUUUUUCUCAUUGU